AAUUGAAAAUACACUCCUAGAACUUCGGGCUUCGUAUCGUUGCGUUUACGGCUGAGAGAGAGGACGAAGGAAGAGAAGAAAAGAAAAGGUCAUAGGCAUUAGGGUUUAUAGAGACAAGAAGGAAGUAGGAAAAGUUCAUCGGCUUUGGUUUAUAGAGAGAGAAGAAAGAAGAAGGAAGAAAGAAGAGUUCAUCGGCUUUACAAAUCCUAAUGCCCUAAUAGAAGAGGCCUAACUGAUUUUUAGAGAGAGAAAAGGAAGAUGGGAUGCUGAUUUGGGAUAGUUUGAAGAGGAAUUUUCUCUCUGAUUUGAGUUGUUGUUUGAGAGAAAGCCCUAAUUUUGAAGAGACCUUAACUGAUUUUUUGAUUUGUAAAGAGGCCGUAACUGAUUUUUAGAGAGAGAAAAGGAAGAGGGUUUUUCAUUUUGUUGGGGAAACAGGAAGCAGAGCUGAAGGAUUAGGUUUGGGGGAUUGCUUACUGCUAGAAUCUGGAACAAUGGAUCCGUUAUCUGCUCAAAAUGCGAAAGAAUCACUCGACCUAGCUUUUCACAUGUCCAAUUUUCUCAACACGGGCCUGGAUCGCCAUACUCUCUCCAUUCUUAUUACUCUCUGUGAGCGAGGGGUCAACCCCGAGGCCGUUGCAACUUUAGUCAAGGAGCUCAGAAGGGAAUCAGCUGCCUUUUCACAAAAGCCCAUUCAGUCCCAGAAUGGCCAUUGAUAGUUUUUUAUCGGAGCUCCAUUUCUCUCCAAUGGUAUACUUGAUCCGAUCCCUAGUUUAUGUAAAUGCCUGUUUUUUAUUUGUUAGUUGAGUCUUGUAUGUGUAAUUGAUAUCCUUGUGAUUUUGCUUCUUGAUGAUGAAGGAAAUGUUGGAUUCCGUUUUGUUUUGACUUAAUGGAGCAGUACAACAUGGAAAGAAAUAGAUUGAAUGUGUUGUAUUUAUUUAUUUUUCUUUUCGUGGAAUGCUGCAUAUUGAAUUCUUAUAGGUUUGAAUGAGUCAGAAGUGGGUAAUUUAUUCAUUGGAACAUUAUGGGAGAUCAUUUGUUUAGUUGGAUAAUCUGUAAAGAUUGAGGCAAUGUU